AUCGGUUGGUCGACGGAUGUGAACGAUCCGCGUUCCCAACGCUAUUCGAGAUUCGGGUUGGCCAGAUAAAGACCGCGAAGGCAAAGAACGCCGCAAAACAAAAAAAAAAGACGUAAACAAAAAGUAUAGUUUGGUGCCAAUUCUGCCGCUUUAAGUGCCAAAAAAAUAUAUUCAAAGUGAACUAAAAACUAAAUAAACAAUUAUGGCUGGACAGUCAGUGGUCUCGAGUGUUUGGCUUUUGUCUGGAGUUCUAUUACUCAUUACUGGGACAAAUGCCUAUGGAUUUGGACGUUGCCCGAAUUACCCAUCGAUGCCAAAGUUUAAUAUGAGCCGGGUCCUUGGACAUUGGUUCGAGGUGGAGCGUUCAUUUUAUCUUCCAGAAAUCGCCUCGGGAUGCACCACCUUCCAGUUUGAGCCCUACAACAAGGGAGAACUAUCAAAAUUUUCUAACUUCAAACUAGCUGUGGCUAUUAAAAACAUCAACCGCAUAACUGGUAAUCCGAAUGUAAACAUUGGUUAUGCGACGCCGGAGAACAGUCGAUCCUCCAUAAUGGAUUUCAAGUUCACUACACGUUUUCCGGACGUAAUUGCUCGUCUGCUGCCAGGUUCAGGGAAGUACCAAGUGCUCUACACGGACUACGAGAACUAUGCCAUUUUGUGGUCCUGCGGCAGCAUUGGAUCCCUGGGCCACUCUGACCAGAUAUGGAUUCUUGGGCGUGAUCGAGACUUUGAGGUUGAUAUUCGUUCUAAAGUCUAUGACGUUUUGAAGCGACUCUCAUUGGAUCCGGAAAGGCUAAUUAUCAGCAAGAACAAACAAUGCCCAGAGGCGCUGUAACACGCUCCAUGCCCGGCUCAUCCCCCAUCCCAUAUAUAUAUUUAAGUUCAUUCGGUUAAGGAACAAAUUCCAUUUGAUGCCUAAUCUUUUAGGCUGCUGUGAUAUCCGAGGAGUGUGAAUCGGCGAUUUGAGGCGAAAAAACGCAAAUACAAAAACAAAUAAGAGUAACUCGAUCGGGGAUUUUCAAUAAUAACAUGAACAUUGCCAAUUAACGUGGGUGUCCUAAUUAGUUUGCAAUAAAUAGAAUUUCCCAGUCA